GUGAUUAAUCCAAUUUUUCUUAAUUUUGUUCGGGCAAUGAAGACCAUGAACACAUAGUAGUCCCGAAUACCACAUAAUAGUAUUGGAUGAUAACACAAUGAACAAGGGUUAUAAAUGAUUUUUACUCUGUUUAUACGUCAGAUAUUAUAAUUCGGAAAUUCAAAAAUUAGUUACAACAUAGAGCAGAGAGAGAGAGAGAUUUGACGGCCAAUCGUUUCGAAACCGGUGCGGCUGCUUUCCCAGUCGAUUCAAGUCUGACAUACCAAAUUGGAGCCCAUCUUCAGUUCUUGUGAUUAACCAAGAUUUGUAUACUCUCUUCAGAAUUGAAUCUGGUGCGGAACAUAAGAAGACGGUGAAAUGGGAGCCUCCAGUGGGCCAAGGCUUUCCGGAAUGCAGAGACAAGUACUUAGUCUAUACAGAGGGUUCUUGCGGGCAGCUCGUUUAAAAUCUGCUGAAGAUCAACACAAGAUUGAGUCACUUGUGUCGAAUGAGUUCCGCCACAAUGCCAAGAAUGUAGACCGCAAGAAUUUUCUUUACAUUGAGUACUUGGUUCGCCGCGGAAGGAAACAGCUUGAUCAGCUCAAGAGCCCCGAUACUGUUGGAUUAUCAGCCCUGAAUGUGAGUUUCUCUCAAACGAAACGUCCUACGCAUUGAAGCGACUUUAUUGAUAGUCCAACACCUGUUUUUUCUUUUUUUUGUAUUUCUUAUUGUUGUUUAGACAACAAAGGUAUAUUCUCUAUAUUGAGUGAUUUGAUACAUACUGAUACGGAAAGCCUGAAUACUUGUGCAGAACGCAGAUAGAUGAGGGCAUUACUUAAUUCCGAUAAACCUAACACAAAGUUGCAUGUAAACAAAAACUUUAAAAAGUUGGGAACUUGGGAUGAUGAUCAUCUAAUCAUUCAUUGAUUAUGAUAUUUAUCCA